UCGGGUUCUCUGGCCUACUGCUGCAGCUGCGGCUGGGAUUUUCUUGAUCCACUUUCACAAUUUGGAAAAAAAUUUAAUUUCACGGACACAAAUGAAGAAUUUACAAUAUCAGUGACAUUGGCCAAAAUGUAAAUGGUGCCUGAUCCACCUGAAAGUACAUGGAAAACAUCACCAUCCAGCAGAGAGCCACUUGGCUUUAUACGGGCUCUUCCUGUCUCAUCUGUCUAAGUCUAGGAGCCAAAGCUUAUUCACUUAUCAUCCAUAGAGUAGCCUUAACAAUCUGACCUUUGGGAAUCAGUACCUGCUUCUGCCUGACAGGGACCCACAAGGCUUAUGGGACAGUGCACACACAAGGAACUCAGAUGGGGGCGUGGUAGCCAGACUGAGUUGUUGACACGUCUGUCUCAAAAUGGAUGCAGCUUCGACUGACAGCUGCACAUCCCCACCCAGCCCUGAUUUUAGUCUGGACUCAUCCAGUCCAUUUGCAAAUGGACUGCACUUUGAGUCAAUUCUGUUUGAAUAUGAGAAGGAGGAGGAAGUUAUGAAUCCAGAGACUGAAUCUCAACUGGAAAGAGCCUCGUGUGGCUCAACAAAAGACCAUACAACAAAUACAAAUUUGAAGUCAAAAUUGGAUGUCAAGCCUAGAAGCAAAAUUUCAAAGGGUCGCUCGUCUUUGGGGCAAGAAGCUGUAUUUGAGGAAAAGUCUACAAGGGAUUGUGGGCUUUCUUCUCUUGUGUGCAGGCCUGCUGGGAUUAUAAUGUCAUACAGCUGCAAGAACACACAGGCAUGGUCAACAGGUGGAUGUUGUAACAACAUCAUCUCUGGCCACAAAGUCUCGGAUAAAAGGCUCUCAGGGGAGAAAGGUGGCAACACUUUAUUCAAGGAGAAUGUGUGCCAGGCAUGUGAGAAGCAGGGAGAUCUCCUUCUGUGUGAAGGGCAAUGCUGUGGGGCAUUUCAUUUACAAUGCACUGGCCAGAACAAACUUCCUUCAGGGAAAUUUCUAUGUCAGGAGUGCACAUCUGGUAUACACUCAUGCUUUUCUUGUAAGAGCCUGGCUGAGGACGUCAGGCGCUGUAUGCUUCCAGGAUGUGGGAAGUUCUACCAUGGGGAGUGUGCUGCCAGCCAUGCACCCACAGUACCUCUGAACCGGGCUUUUCGUUGCCCUCUGCACACCUGCCUAUCAUGUUUCAUCACAAACCCUACCAAUCCAUCCGUAUCUAAAGGCCAGCUAACCCACUGUAUCAGAUGCCCUGUAGCAUAUCAUGCCAAUGAUUACUGCAUACCUGCUGGGAGUGUCACUCUAACCCACAGCAACAUUGUGUGUCCCAAUCACUUCACACCAAGAAAAGGCUGCCACAACCACGAGCAUGUCAACGUCAGCUGGUGCUUCGUCUGCUCAGAAGGAGGUAGUCUGCUGUGUUGCGAGUCAUGUCCUGCAGCAUUUCACCGAGAGUGUCUGAACAUCGACAUGCCAGAAUGCAGCUGGUACUGCAAUGAUUGUCGUGCUGGAAAUAAACUGCACUACAAGGAGGUAGUGUGGGUGAAAGUUGGCCGCUACAGAUGGUGGCCGGCAGAGGUUAGCAAUCCCAAAGAUAUUCCCGAGAAUAUCCUACGCAUGAGACAUGAUGUCGGAGAGUUCCCAGUUCUUUUCUUUGGCUCUAAUGACUACCUCUGGACUUAUCAAGCCCGUGUUUUUCCUUACAUGGAGGGCGAUGCCAACAGUAAAGAGAAAAUGGGAAAGGGGGUUGACUCUACUUAUAAGAAAGGUAUCUUUCAUAAAUUAUUUCAUUUUGCUAUUGCUAUUAAUAAUGCAAGUGCCUCCAUGAUCAUCUCCUUGUUGUUGCUGACGUUUAAGAGAGAGAUUGUUAUCAGCACACCAUGCUGCCAGCUAACCCACUGUAUCAGAUGCCCUGUAGCAUAUCAUGCCAAUGAUUACUGCAUACCUGCUGGGAGUGUCACUCUAACCCACAGCAACAUUGUGUGUCCCAAUCACUUCACACCAAGAAAAGGCUGCCACAACCACGAGCAUGUCAACGUCAGCUGGUGCUUCGUCUGCUCAGAAGGAGGUAGUCUGCUGUGUUGCGAGUCAUGUCCUGCAGCACUUCACCAAGAGUGUCUGAACAUCGACAUGCCAGAAGGCAGCUGGUACUGCAAUGAUUGUCGUGCUGGAAAUAAACUGCACUACAAGGAGGUAGUGUGGGUGAAAGUUGGCCGCUACAGAUGGUGGCCGGCAGAGGUUAGCAAUCCCAAAGAUAUUCCCGAGAAUAUCCUACGCAUUAGACAUGAUGUCGGAGAGUUCCCAGUUCUUUUCUUUGGCUCUAAUGACUACCUCUGGACUUAUCAAGCCCGUGUUUUUCCUUACAUGGAGGGCGAUGCCAACAGUAAAGAGAAAAUGGGAAAGGGGAAAUGCAUUUUACAAAAUGUCCCAACUUUUUUGGAAUUUGUGUUGUAUAUACAGAGAGCCACUGUAUUUGUGAAAUUGUAUAUAAAUAGCUUUAGUUUGUCCAGUCUGCUUUCUAACGAGUUCUUUGUUUUCAAUGCUCAACCCAAGGGAGGAUUUGUUAACGAAUAUGUUGGAGAGGUGAUUGAUGAGGAAGAAUGUCGUACCCGGAUUAAACGUGCUCAGGAGAACAAUAUCUGCAAUUUCUACAUGCUUACAUUUGACAAGGAUCGAAUAAUUGAUGCCGGGCCCAAGGGAAAUGAAGCCCGCUUUAUGAACCACAGUUGUCAGCCAAACUGUGAGACGCAAAAAUGGACUGUCAACGGAGACACGCAUGUUGGGCUUUUUGCACUUACAGAUAUCCCUGCUGGCACUGAGUUAACAUUCAACUAUAACCUUGAGUGUCUGGGCAAUGGGAAGACAGUGUGCAAGUGUGGUGCAUCUAAUUGCAGUGGAUUCCUGGAAGUAAGGCCAAAAAACAACCCCGCAUCAGAUGACAAAGGCCGUAAACUGAAGAAGAAGUCUCAGAUGAAGCGUAAAUCCCAGCAGGAAGUAAUCAAGGAGCGAGAAGAUGAGUGCUUUAGCUGUGGAGAUGGAGGACAGGUUGUAUCUUGCAAGAGGCCGGGCUGUCCUAAGGUUUACCACGCUGACUGCCUCAAUCUCAACAAGAGACCUGCAGGCCGUUGGGAGUGUCCUUGGCAUCAGUGUGACUUGUGUGGGCAGGAAGCAGCUUCUUUCUGUGAGAUGUGCCCUAGCUCCUAUUGUGCCAAACAUCGAGAUGGCAUGCUUUUUAGAUCCAAACUGGAUGGCCGCUUGUCAUGCAGUGAGCAUGACCCCUGCGGCCCAGAGCCACUGGAGCCUGGUGAGAUCCGGGAAUACCCCCCGGAACUCAUGACUAAAUACCCUAUAAACUUCAUCAGAGCUGCCAAAACCAAAACCAAAUCCACAACCCUAAACACUACAGCUGUCCCGCAGGCUCCAUCUCCCCCUGAUGUAGCCCCUCAGGUCUCCUUUAGCCCCUCCAGCAGCCCUCCACCACUUGACAUGCCUUUAAACUGUGCAUAUUCACCAAUUUCUCCAUAUGGAGAAGAAAAAGCAGAAGAAGAAGAAAGUUUGAUACAAUUAGAAAGGGAUGGUGAGAAGAGCAUAACUCAAGAGAAUUUGGAACGAUUGAUGAUAAAGAAGAAAACGAAGUAUUAAGGUUUAAUCUAUAGAAGCAAACUAACCUGAGUUUACAUUUCCCAACAUACAUUUAUAGUUUUCUUGCACUACUUUCACUGAGGGUAUCUGGUGGCUUCAGCUUUUCACAACAUAUUUGAAUAUGGUUCACAAAACUGUUUGCAUCUCCGUCUUUAAUGGUCUUUGAUGGAGAGGACACAGAUUUACGAAGAUGACGCAAUGUUUUUGAAAAAAUGAUUCAAGAACUGAACAGAACCAAUAGUUUACUUUGGACUUAAGAGUGCAGUAAAUUGAUCGUAAUUAAUAAGAUUUAAAUGCCAGUGUCUUGAUCCUAGACAACUGUUUAAAUAACUUGAAGACAUUUUUAUAAUAAUUUUGAAGUACCUUUCUAUAAUAAUCCAGAAUUCGCCUGCUAACAUGUGAAGACAAAAGCA